AUGUUAAAGAAAGGACAGUUAGGAAAUGCGUUGAAGCUGGGGGAGGAGUUUUUGGCGUACAGGUUGCAGAGCCGGAUGCUGAUGGCAGCAGGGAUGAGGGGUAGAAGGAUGCAUAGUUUGUCGAAAUAUGAGAAGAGUGGGAACAGAGAGAGUGUGGAGAGGAAGAUUAAGGGAAGUAGGAAGAGUAAGGAAAGUAAGGAGAGCAAGACUAAAGGAAGUACACAUAAAGAGAAUAUGGAGAGCAAGAUUAAAGGAAGUGCACAUAAAGAGAAUAUUAGAGAUAUUAAAGGAAGUACACAGUGCAAGAGUAAAGGAAAUACACAAGGAAAUAUUAAAGAAAGUACACAGAGUAAAGAGAAUAUUAGGAAUAUUAAAGAAAGUACACAGUGCAAGAUUAAAGAAAACAUCCAGAAAAACGCAGUGGGCAUCCAACGACUCUCGGACGAAUUAUACAAACAAGUGUUCCCGGACAUAUACGGCAGCCGAAAAGGGAGAAAAGACACCACAGAUCCGAAAUUGGUGGAGCUGGCGCGCAAGUACCUCAAGGACAACGAGCUCCUCGGCAAGAAGUGCUCGGAGAACGAGCCGAUCAGAUUCCGGCUGCCCAAGUUGCAGGGGAGGAACUUGGAGGAGCACUUCCAGAGGCUCGGCGCGGCGAGCUGCGGGCGGUACGUGGUGCUGGCGGAGCGGCUCCUACGGGUGGGCAACGACCCGCCGGCAAGGCCCGGUGGCGGCUCUGGUGGUGGCCCCGGUAGCGCCACAGGGAGUACGCCGGGCACCCAGUGGGUUCUGCGGGGCGGCUGGACGCGGUACUGCCCCGGUCGCCCGCCCGAGCACGUCGACUACCCGGUGGAGGACGAACUCGUCUUCGACGUCGAGGUGAUGUACCGGGUGUCCCAUUACCCCGUGCUAGCCACGUGCAUGUCACCCGUGGCGUGGUACGGCUGGUGCUCGCCGUAUUUGGCGGGCGAAAGUGACAAAAUCGACGGGCACUUGAUCCCGUUGGGGGUUGACCGCCGGGAGAAAAUCGUCGUGGGCCACAAUGUGUCGUACGACCGGGCCCGGGUGCGGGAGGAGUACAGCCUGGGCGCAUCGCGGGCUUUUUACCUGGAUACGAUGUCGCUGCACGUGGCGGUGAGCGGGAUGUGCUCGCGGCAGCGGGGGAAGUGGAUCCAGUACCGCAAGAGGAUGGAGGGCGGGGAGGAGAGCCGGGGGCAGCUCGAGGAUCUGCGCGAGGGCGCGCACACGGGUGGGCUCCGGCGGCUGUUGGCGAAUCCAGUGUUGGAGGAGGAGGAGGAGGAAAAUUCGACAGGCACGGGGAAAAAAAUGACCAUCAGCCUGGCGGACGACCCGUGGCUCCGCAUGAGCAGCAUGAAUAGCCUCCGGCACGUGGCGCGGUUCCACUGCGGGAUCCGCAUGGACAAGGCGGCGCGGGAGGAGUUCGAGACCACGGACAUCGGGCGCAUCCGCGCGCGGUUCCAGCAGCUGAUGGACUACUGCGCGGCGGACGUGGAGGCGACGUACCGGGUGUUCGGAAAGGUGUUCCCGGCGUUCCGGCGCAUCGUGCCGCACGACGUGAGUCUGGCGGCGCUCCGGAUCAUCGGCCAGAGCGUUUUGCCGGUGAGCCGGCGCUGGAACGACUACGUGCGCACGGCGGAGGCGCUGUACCAGCAGAGUUUCCGGAGCAUCGGAAUCCGACUAGCGCAGCUGUGCGAGGAGGUGGUUGCCCUCAAGGACAAGGCGGCGGCCCGACCCUGGGAGGGCGACCCGUGGCUCUCGCAGCUGGACUGGACGAUUGUGCCGCCGCGGCUGACCAAGGCGGGCCGGCCGUACAAGCGGCAGAAGCUACCGGGGUACCCGGCGUGGUACAAGAAGCUGGUCACGGGGGGCCGGCUGCACAUCACCACGCGGACCCGGAUCGCCCCGCUCUUGCUCCGGCUCUCCUGGGAGGGCUGCCCGGUGUUCUGGACCGACACCCGGGGCUGGUGCUUUUGGGUGCCCCGGGCACAAAUCGCCAAAUUCAAGACCAAGAACUACCUCCCCGUGGAUAUUGCCGCCCUUCUACACGAGGAGCCUGGACUCCGGCCCCACAUCUGCCCCCUGGUGCCGGGCCACUGCCUCUUCAAGGUGCCCCACGAGUCUGGCCCAACUGCCAGGACCACCAGCCUCAUGUCCAAGCCCUUCAUGCGGUACUUCCAGCAGGGCGUGCUUUCCUCCAAGUUCCAGGUUGCCAAGGACGCCUUGCAGUUGGCCGUGUCCAACAGUUACUGGGUCAGUUCGCGCGAGCGCAUCAUGGACCAGUUUGUUGUGUUUGAUGAUGAGGGUGUAGCUGAUAUAGUUGGAGGGGGUGCAGCUGAUGAAGUUGGUUUGAGUGUUAAUGCAACUAAUUCAAUUAAUGAUGUUGCAGAUAAAGCUGGUUCAAGUAUUAAUGCUAAUAUGGUCAAUGCAAAUGCGGUUAAUGUUAAUACACUCAAUGCUAAUACUGUCAAUUUGAAUACUGUCAAAGCUAAUACUGUCAAAGCUAAUACUGUCAAUCCAAAUACACUCAAUCCAAAUACACUCAAUCCAAAUACACUCAAUCCAAAUACACUCAAUCCAAAUACUGUUGAUCAAGCUACUCUACCCAAUUCUCUCGAUUUGGCCAAUAAACUUGAUCAUGCUAAUGGAGUAGAUCCAGUAUCCAUGGGAUUGAAGGCGGUGCCCACAGCAGCUGGAAAUAACGCUGCAACCAAUGCCAAUCUAGUAGGUAGUGCCGAUAAUGCAAAGAGUGUGGAUGCACCCAAUGAAAAGAAGGUAGUCACUGAAAAUGAAAAGAAGGUGGCCACUGAAAAUAAAAAGAAGAUAAUCACUGGAAAUAAAACAAAAGCAAAUAUCGGGAUCCCUCCCCUGCACACAUUCACCAACCCACCAGGAACAGACAUCGACACGGUGGGCCUGAUCAUCCCCCAGGUGAUCCCGAUGGGCACGAUCACGCGGCGCGCGGUGGAGAAAACUUGGCUCACGGCGUCGAACGCGAAGCCCACGCGGCUCGGGUCCGAACUCAAGGCGAUGGUCCGCGCCCCGCCGGGAUACUGCUUUGUCGGCGCCGACGUCGACAGCGAGGAGCUCUGGAUCGCGUCCCUCAUGGGUGACUCCGUGCUGAAGAUUCACGGCGGCACGGCGCUCGGCUGGAUGACCUUGGAGGGCAACAAGGCGAUGGGCACAGACCUCCACUCGAAAACGGCCAAAAUAUUGGGCAUCUCCAGGGGCGACGCCAAAAUCUUCAACUACGGCCGGAUCUACGGCGCAGGCGUCAGCUUCGCCACCACGUUGCUCAAGAAGUUCAACCCCGCAAUGGGCGAGCAGGAGGCUGUGCGCACGGCCCACCGGCUAUACGCGGCAACAAAAGGCCGGGCGGGCGGAGUCGCAGGCGACCGCGUGUGGCACGGCGGGUCGGAGUCCGUCGUUUUCAACCGCUUGGAGCAGAUCGCCCAGCAGGACGAGCCUCGGACUCCGGUACUCGGCGCCGGUAUCACUGCCGCCUUGAAGCGCAAAUUCCUCAACGCAAACACCUUCAUGCCGUCCCGCGUCAACUGGGCCAUCCAGUCGUCCGGCGUUGACUACCUCCACUUGAUCCUUACGUCCGUCGAGUACCUCUGCCGGGUCUACGGAGUUCCGGCCCGGCUCUGCCUCACGGUGCACGACGAGGCCCGGUACCUCACGCCGCUGCGCCACCGCUACCGCCUGGCCAUGGUGCUGCAGAUCGCCAACCUCUGGACCCGGGCCAUGUUCUGCCACCAGGCCGGCAUCGACGACGUCCCGCAGACCUGCGCCUUCUUCUCCGCUGUCGACAUCGACCGCGUCAUCCGCAAGGAGGUCAACAUGGACUGCAUCACGCCCUCCAACUCCCACCCUAUCCCGCACGGCGAGUCCCUCGACAUCUACCAGCUCCUUGCCCGCGAUGAUGUCCGCCGCAUGCUCGCCAACCCGCACUCCCCGGACCUCUCCUCCAUCCCCGUGCCGCCCCCGCAGCCCCGGCCCUUGCAGCAGCUCGACCGCCAUCUCGACCCGGGCACACGCCGGCUCUAUGUGUCCAUGCAGACUGCCCGUGACGAGUCCCACUUCGCUGCCUACAGGCGUAAGUAUCUGCGUAAUCUUAAGUUGCAGGAUGCGGGUCGGUUUGGGGUGAGUGGGGGCAAAUAUCCUGGGGGAAAUUCUGGGGAAAUUUCUGGGAAAAAAUACUCUGGGGGCAACUCGAAAGGCUUUUCCUCUAAAGGCAUUUCCUCUAAUCACACUUACUCCAAUCACAAUUACUCCAAUCACAUUCAUCCAAAAUCCUCUCCCUUAUCCUACAUCCCCCCACCCUUCAACUCUGGCAUCACUUCUUUCCUCACAGCCCAGGACAGAAGAGAAAUCAUCCCUGACACCCCACCUCCUCCAAGAGUCUAUCAGAGAAGGUGA